AUGUGUUUCUGCUGGUACAGAGUCGCUGACGCUUCUGAGUAUCUGGUGAUCACCGGUGCAUGGGUCGAUGACCUGAAGAUCAAAAAGAAGGCAUGGAUCCUCCCCGGCCAGACCUGCACCGUCAUCGAGCUCUCUCCGGUGAACUACACCUUCAAUGUCCAAGCCAUGAGCGCGGAGAAGCUCCCUUUUAUCCUCCCAGCCGUCUUCACCAUCGGCCCCAAAGCAGUCGAUAAGGAACAUGAUCCUAAACUUGAAGCUAUCAGGAAGUACGCCAAGCUGCUCUCCAGCCACGAAAAGAACUCGAAACACGUCGAGGAGCUGGUCCAGGGCAUCAUUGAGGGAGAGACUCGUGUGCUCGCGGCCUCGAUGACGAUGGAGGAGGUAUUCAGGGGGACCAAAGAGUUCAAGAAGGAGGUUUUUGACAAGGUUCAGUUGGAGUUGGAUCAGUUCGGGCUUUUCAUAUACAAUGCAAAUGUGAAACAGUUGGUGGACGUUCCUGGACACGAGUAUUUCAGUUACUUGGGGCAGAAGACUCAGAUGGAGGCAGCCAACCAGGCCAAGGUCGACGUGGCGGAGGCCACGAUGAAGGGAGAGGUUGGUGCCAAGUUGAGGCAGGGGCAGACGCUGCAGAACGCUGCCAAGAUCGAUGCAGAGACGAAGAUCAUAUCGACCCAGAGAUAUGGAGAGGGGAAGAAGGAGGAGAUUAGGGUGAAUACAGAGGUCAAGGUCUACGAGAAUCUGAGAGCAGCUGAGGUGGCUGAGGCGAAUGCUGAGCUGGCAAUGAAGAAGGCAAGGUGGGCUAAGGAGGCGCAGGUGGCCGAGGUUGAGGCGGAGAAGGCGGUGGCGAUGAAGGAGGCCCAGUUGCAGAAGCAAGUGGAGAUGAUGAAUGCACAGACUAUGACCGAAAAGCUCAAGGCUGAGAAUUUGAGCAAGGCCACGGUCGAGGCUGAAACGAAGGCGCAACAGGCAAACUGGAUUCUCAACCAGAAGCAGCGGGAGGCGGAUGCCAUUCUCUACCAACAGCUGAAAGAGGCCGACGCUACGAGAGCAGCUGCUGAAGCACAGUUGUAUGCUCGUCAAAAGGCUGCUGAUGGAGAGUUCUAUGCAAAAAAGAAAGAGGCUGAGGGGCUUGUGCAACUUGGACAAGCUCAUGGCAAUUAUUUGCACAAUCUUCUGGAGGCAAGUGGAGGCGACUAUUCAGUUAUAAGAGAUUACAUGAUGAUCAAUGAUGGAAUGUAUCCAGAGAUUGCUAGGAUUAAUGCUGAAGGCGUGCGCGGACUUCAGCCUAAGAUUAGUAUCUGGACUAAUGGCGGAGAAGCUGCGGAAGGUGGUGCGGGUGGCGGAAAUGUGGCUAUGAACUCCAUUGCCGGGAUUUAUAAGAGUUUGCCACAACUGCUCAGUACAGUGCAGGAACAAACUGGAAUGAAGCCUCCCAGUUGGCUAGGAGUUUCGCCAGUUGAAGAUUCUCAGCCUGGGAAUUGA